CGCAACCCGACCUUAACUGGGAAAACCCAGACUGCCGCAAGGCCAUCUACGACGAGGCCAUGCGCUUCUGGCUCGACCGCGGCGUCGACGGCUUCCGCAUCGACACCGUCAACAAGUACUCCAAGCGCGUCGACUUCCCCGACGCCCCCGUCACCUUGCCGGGCGAGACGGACCAGCCCGCCGCGGAGAUGUGGUGCAACGGCCCGCGCAUCCACGAGUUCAUCCGCGAGAUGAACCAGCAGGUUUUGGCACCGUACAACGCCGUGUCCGUGGGCGAGUUGUCCAACACCCCGCUGCCCCGGGAACAGGUCCUGCCGUAUGUCUCUGCCAAGGCCAAGGAGCUGGAUAUGGUGUUUGAGUUUAGCACCAUCCGCUUGGGCACGGGCGGGCCGUUUCAUGGCAAGUAUUUGUAUCGAGAGUUCCCGCUGUCGGAGCUGAAGAGCUACGUGGCGACGUGGCAGCAGUGGCUGGAGGGAACGGAUGGGUGGCACACGGUGUUUUGCGAGAACCACGAUAAUGGCAGGGCGGUGUCGCGGUUUGGAGACGAUAGUUCGACUGUGGAGGCGUGGGAGGCGAGCGCGAAGACUAUUGCGUUGUGGCAGGCGACGUUGACGGGGACGAUUUUUCUGUAUCAGGGGCAGGAGAUUGGGAUGGUGAAUAUGCCGGAGGAGUGGCCGAUUGAGCGGGAGUAUAAGGAUGUUGAGAGCUUGAACUUUUACAAGGAGGCGAGGGCGUCGGGGGAUGCGGAGAGGAUAAGGAAGACGGAGGAGGGUCUGAGGAUCCUGGCGAGGGAUCACUCGAGGAUACCGAUGCAGUGGGAUGCGUCGCCUAAUGCGGGCUUUACGUCUGCGGGAGUGACGCCGUGGAUGAGAGUGCAUGAUGGGUACAAGGAUCUGAAUGUGGAGAGACAAGAGAAGGACGAAGAGUCGAUUCUGGGUUUCUACAAGAAGAUUUUGAAGUUGAGGAAGGAAUACAGCGGGUUGUUUGUGCAUGGAGCGUUUAGGUCUGUACUUCAAGAGGAUGAGACGCUGUUUGUCUAUGUCAAGGACGACCAAGGUUUCGAAGAGGGUGAUGUUGUCCAGGCAGAUAAGAGGAGGAAGGCACUAGUGGUUAUGAACUUCUCUGGGCAGCCAACCAGCCUUCUGGAGCAUAACCUCGAUGUGGCAGCAACAUUGGGCUGCAAACACGGGGAGGAGCGAUUGUUGGUGACUACGUUGAAGAAGAAGGACAUGUCUAGUAUGGAAACUGGCACAUUGAAGCCCUGGGAAGGCAGAGUGUACCUCAACUUCUAAUGGCGAAUGAAGCACCGGGUUGAACACCUCUGGAGUAAGAGGUACUAUCAAAGAAAUCAGGCCCUGUGCCGAGAUGCUGGUGAUGAUGUGGUGCA